GGGAAAGGUAUAAGCACAAUUUUUAGAAAGGAAGACGCACUAUAAGCUAAAGCAGCAAUGAGUACUCCUUCUAAGCUUUUAUCUUUAUUCUUUGUACUCAUUGUCUUGCUGAUGCCCUUAGUUUCCUUACUCAACAAUGAUUUCUCUAUCUUCACCAUUAAAACCAUUUCAUACCUAGUUUCCUUUAGUGAAAAGCCAAACCAUUACUCUAAUUUCAGCAUUAUUCCAUACAAAGCCCAAAAUAGUAAACAAAAUGGCCACAUCACCACAAACUCCAAUGGAAGAGACAAACCACGUCUUUGGAGGAAAGCCUUCAUUGGCUUCAAAAAUACUCACGAGCCAUCUUCGAAUAUUUCUCGAGCAAUAUCCCUUAAUGUAAGCAAGUGUUUUCCCGUUGAGUUACCUUCUUUUGCAAUAACCAAUUCCCAUUGUUGUCCACCUAGACCACCUCCUUCUAAGAUCAUAGAUUUCAAAGAUUUUGCUUCUCCAAACGCCACGCUUCGAGUAAGAAAACCGGCUCACAUGGUAGAUGAGGAGUACAUAGCAAAACUUGAAAAGGGCAUUGCACUCAUGAAAGCACUCCCUGAUGAUGACCCACGUAAUUUCAUACAACAAGCAAAGGUCCAUUGUGCUUAUUGUAACGGUGCCUAUCACCUACCCCAUCCCUUUCAGAACACAAAACUCAACAUUCACAGGUCUUGGUUUUUCUUUCCUUUCCACCGUUGGUACAUUUACUUCUUCGAGCGAAUCUUGGGAAGCUUGCUCGGUGACCCGAACUUUGCCUUACCGUUUUGGAAUUGGGAUGCUGUAGAAGGGAUGCAAAUGCCACCAUAUUUCGCAAACCCUAACUCGUCGCUCUAUCACAAACUCCGAAACCCCAAGCACUUGCCACCGCAAGUGGUUGACCUGAACUAUGAUCCAUUUGACUUUAAUGAUGAUACACCUUCUCAUCAACAAGUUUCGUAUAAUCUAGCCUUCAUGUACAAGCAAAUGGUGCUAGCAAGUACCAAAGAAUUGUUCAUGGGAAGCCCUUUUCGACUCGGCGAUAACCCUACUCCGGGUAUUGGCUCUAUAGAGGCUGCUCCUCAUAACACGGUUCAUAAAUGGGUUGGUGCUGCUGAUAAGCCACACCAGGAGGACAUGGGAACGUUCUACACAGCUGCUAGAGAUCCCGUUUUCUAUCCGCAUCACACGAACUCGGAUCGACUGUGGGGGAUAUGGAAAAAAUUGGGAGAAGGAAGAAAGGACUAUAGUGAUGAUCCAGAUUGGUUAGAUUCUGAUUUUUACUUCUAUGAUGAGAAUGCCAAUUUUGUUCGCGUGAAGGUAAGAGAUUGCUUUGAUACUAAAAGAUUGGGGUAUGUUUACGAAGAUGUUGAUCUUCCAUGGUUGCGAACGCCACCCACAUCGCGAAAAAGCAAGCUACUAAGAGAAGCCAAAAAGGGUUCACUUUUGAGUUCAAAGCCAUGGAAAUUUCCUUUGGUUUUGGAUUCCAUAACGAGUAUUGUUGUUAAGAGGCCGAAGAAAUGGAGGAGCAAGGAGGAGAAAGAACAAGAGGAGGAGGUUUUGGUGAUAGAAGGGAUUGAGUUUGGAAGUGAUAAAUAUGUCAAGUUUGAUGUUCAUAUUGAUGAUGAUGAAGACAAUUUGAGUGGUCCGGAUGAGACAGAGUUUGUGGGAAGUUUUGUGAAUGUGCAGCAUGGGCAUGGCCAUAAUGUCAAAACUAGCUUUAAGGUAGGGAUAUCGAAAGUGCUGGAGAGUGUAGAAGCUGAAGAAGACGAUGAGGUGCUGGUUUCUUUGGUACCUAAGGUGGGAAAAGGGGAUGCCAUAAUAGGAGGCAUCAAAAUUGAGUUUAUUCCAAAAUACUAGGAUUAUUUUGUGGGUGUGAAAAUUUUACACUUUUUACAAGUUUUGUUGUUUAUGCUUUUAAAAGGUAGUUUUUUUUUUUUCCUUUUUUUAGUGUAGCAAGUCGAGCUCGUAUUCUCUGUGGCUGGAUUUUGUCCAACUAACUGAAAUAUGAGAAGUCGAAUUUGCUAUAUAUUUUACAGCAAUUGGGGAAGGGAAAGAAUGUGAAGGAAGUUGAAAUUUUGGAUGUGGGGAAGUACUCCUAGAAGUAGAUAUAAAUUUGUUGUGGUGCAUGUCUUUCAACACUAGUGCAUGUAAAGAAAAUCAAAUAAAUCAAUUUGAUUUUCUAGAACUAAUUUUCAUAAUAAAAAAUUGAGUUUGAUGUAAAAA